CGUUCUGGUCACUUCCCACCGCCCCUCACAUCUCCCCUCUGUUACCUAUUCUCCCAUGGUCGCCCCUGCUCUUCAUCCCGUUCAUGGUCGAAUCCGGUCGCGGGAGCAUCUGUCGGAGGCAGACGCGGAGGCGCGGGACUUGCAAGCCCAUGCUCUUCCCUGCUCCUUCCUCAAAUCCGGUCGCCGAAGUGACCGAGGAGGCGCUCGAGCUCGGUAUGCUCGUUCGGGGACGCCGCCCCCUCCCUCUCCUCCUGAUGCCGCUACCGUCACCGUCGCCGCAAUGAGUCUCUCCACCAUCUCCCGCGUGCUCGCUUGCUUGUCCCGUCCUCUAGGAUUAUCUGCUCAGGGUCCGUGUCUCAUGCGUUGCUACCUGACGUCUACUCUUGGGAGCCGGGCUUCGUCGGCCAACGGGGCCGGCAAGGUCCGAGACUGGAGAUUCCUGCUCGCCAACUCGCAGUCCCGGCGGCUGUUCUCUUACCAGUCGAAAAAGAAUUUCCUGAAGGAGAAGGAGGAGGUCCUGAAAGGGGAUGGGAGCAACAAGUCUGAAUCAAAGGGAGACGAUGAUAUCCAAAAUGCAUGAUAUGCUUUUGCCAGUGUUCUCUCUGUUCAUGUUUCGUUUGGAUGCUCCACGUAUCCACAUAGGCAUCAUCAAGUCAUGGGCUGUGGCUUCAAUCCCCGGAUUUUUUGUUUGCAUGUGCUGUGCUGCUAUGAAGCAUUGUUUAGCAAACAAUGUUUUGGGAAUUUCUUCCCGUAUCCAGCACGUGUUCCCACCCGAAGAUGCUUCCUCCAUGCUUUUCAUUGCUGACACUGCAAUAUCUGGUAUAUGUGUUGCACUUGCCCUCUGUAUCGCUGUGCCAAGAGCUAGCAAGAACCAUUUCUUUAAUUACGCAUUUUUGCGAUACACUGUAAUUAUCAUCAUACUGAACUGGUUUCAAUCCACACAGGGUGGGGGGCAGCCUGCUCUACAAUACGUUGCUUGUGGCGUGAUUAGUUUUGUUGCUGUUCACUGUUUGUGGAAUGUAGAAGUAAAACAGGGUGACAACAAUCAGCCGAUGAGUGAAGUGUGGGAUUGGAACAUGUAUGGAACCAAACUGAAGUUUCAUGGAUGGUUUAUUAACACUGCCAAUGAGGAUGGUGACGGAGGUGAGGAUGGUGACGGAGGUGAGGAUGAUGCUUCAUUUGCCUCGGAGCAUUCCGAUGAUGAAGAUUUGACGGAGGUGUCAAUUUUACGUGCGGUGCAAGUGUUGGCCAUUCGUGCAAACUUUCGUAUUAGCCGUAUGGACGCCCAUGACUGGUACCAAAAUUUUGUCAUCUAUGUGGCACUCGAGGGGGAAGUACAAGAGGAAGGAAAGGAUUUGGUACUCGCUGGACCAUGUGGGAUACUACAGGCUUACGGUGCCUUUUGCUUGGAGGUUUUCACAGAAGACCUGGUUUUCACAGAAGACGAUGAGGGGUCUUCUACUGAUGAUGAGGGGUCUUGGAGCGGUCAUUUCCGCCGAGGCUGGGAUGUUACUGAGCCUGAUGAAGUUGAGGAAUUCACACAAACCAUCUAUGGAGGCCUUGGCCGCAAGUUGGAGAUCACAUACUUGGUGAUUCCGGAAGCAGUUGAGACCUAUGUUGAGGUCAGGUUGAACCUCAAAGACUUCGGUUCGAGAAGCCGCUCUGUGUAUGGUAGCGUCAAGGCAAUUGCCAUUGACUAUGGGAGCAAAAGCGUCAAUCUCUUCAGUUUUGAACGAGGCAGUAGCUUGUCCCUGCCCUGUGGUUCCACGUGCAUUCUUCCACUGGGACCACACAUGAUUGCAUUGCCUGAUCGUAGCAAGUACAAACUCCACAUAGAGGUGGACCUAAGAGUAAUCACAACCUGUGACAGCCAAGAAGAGGACAAGAAUUUGAAAUUCUGUCUAGACUGCAGCCGUAGAAUUAGGAGUGAAGAAAGUCUAGAGUUACCCCGUAGAAUUAGGACUCAAAAAAGAGAAUUUGAUGGUGAACAAGUUGAAGUGAAGGUCAUCUGGGUCCUAGAAAAAUUCUUCUAGAUCAUAGAAAAAUUCGUCUAAGAAAGGAGCUAGAAGCAAAAUAAGUGAAGGAAGGCAUGUGCCACAUGUGGAACUUUGUCUAUGUUUGUCAGAUCAUAUUAUCUAUUUCCUUGUGUUUGAUCUAUUCAUGCCAUUUUAUUUGAACUGAACUUGGGUGAGUGGGAAACCAAGAAUAGUACUCCCUCCAUUCCUUUAUACAAGGCCAUUAUGAAAAAUACAUUUUGCAUC